UAUAUAUGUAUUAACUCUUUUUCAAUGAUGAUUUCUUUGCAAUUCCUUUUAGAAGAAGCCCGGGAAGUUUAUAAACAGAUAAAGACGCAACAUGAAAGACUUGUAAGUUAAGUCUCAUCUUUUUCUGAAAAUACAGACUGAGGAAAAAUUCAGGAAACAUAUUUCAUCUGAACACAGUCAUUGAUUAUUCAAGACUACCCUUCUGUGUAUGGGACUCAGUCUAAAAGAGUUUGAAACAUAACUUAUACACAAUUUAUACUUAAAUAUGAGAGAAGCUCUAUAAGAACCAUUAAGAAUAUAAAGAGAUGUUAUAUUUUAUCCCUUUUCAUAAUCAUCUCAGGGUAAUCAAUGUGAGAAAAAUUUUUUUUCAUAAAUUUAACUUUGUUAGAUACCUGAGAAUUAAUAUUGAAAAUACACCUUAUGAAUUUAGCGAAUGUGGGAAAGCUUUCAUCCUUAUUAUAUCUUAUUUGGUACUAGGGAAAGUCUCCUGAUUAUAUUCACAUUCAUGAUAGGAAUGUUGGAAAGUCUUCAGCAUGAAUCAGAUCUCCUUCAGCAUGAUCAAAUUCAUGCUGGAGAGAAACCUUAUGAAUGUAAUGAAUGUAGAAAAACCUUUAGCCUGAAGGAAAACUUCCUAGAACAUAAGAAAAUGCAUACUGGAGAGAAAUCUCAUGAAUGCACUGAAUGUGGUAAAGUGUUCUCUCGAGUCUCAUCCCUUACUCUACACCUCAGAAGUCACACAGGAAAGAAAGCAUAUAAUUGUAAUAAAUGUGGAAAAGCCUUCAGCCAGAAGGAAAACUUCCUUUCUCAUCAGAAACAUCAUAGUGGAGAGAAACCUUAUGAAUGUGGAAAAGUUUCUAUUCAGAUGCCAACCCUCAUCAAACACCAGAAAAAUCAUACAGGAACCAAACCCUAUGCAUGUAAGGAAUGUGGCAAAGCCUUUAACGGCAAAGCAUAUCUCACUGAGCAUGAGAAAAUUCAUACUGGAGAAAAACCAUUUGAAUGUAAUCAGUGUGGAAGAGCCUUCAGCCAGAAGCAAUACCUCAUUAAACAUCAGAACAUCCACACUGGAAAGAAGCCCUUUAAGUGUAGUGAGUGUGGAAAAGCUUUUAGCCAGAAGGAAAACCUUAUUAUACAUCAGAGAAUCCAUACCGGAGAGAAACCUUAUGAAUGUAAAGGAUGUGGGAAAGCUUUCAUUCAGAAGUCAAGCCUCAUUAGGCACCAGAGAAGCCACACAGGAGAGAAACCUUAUACAUGUAAGGAAUGUGGGAAAGCCUUCAGUGGCAAAUCAAAUCUCACUGAGCAUGAGAAAAUUCAUAUUGGAGAGAAACCCUACAAAUGUAAUGAAUGUGGAACAAUCUUCAGGCAGAAGCAAUACCUCAUUAAACAUCACAAUAUUCAUACAGGAGAGAAACCCUAUGAAUGUAAUAAAUGUGGAAAAGCCUUCUCCCGAAUCACAUCACUUAUUGUGCAUGUGCGAAUUCAUACGGGUGAUAAGCCUUAUGAGUGCAAGGUCUGUGGGAAAGCCUUCUGUCAAAGCUCAUCUCUUACUGUGCAUAUGAGAAGCCAUACAGGUGAGAAACCCUAUGGUUGUAAUGAAUGUGGGAAAGCCUUUUCUCAGUUCUCAACUCUUGCUCUGCAUAUGAGAAUCCAUACUGGUGAAAAACCUUAUCAGUGUAGUGAAUGUGGGAAAGCUUUCAGCCAAAAGUCACAUCACAUUAGACACCAGAGAAUUCAUACCCAUUAAAGUUCUCUCUGAAUGCCUUGGAUUUAGCAAAAUGUUCAGCAGAUUUUACACUGAAUAGUGUAUUGGAAAAUUCAUUUUACGUUAAAGUGACACGAAUGUGGGAAGUCCAGCAGCAAUUCAAAACUUAAAUACUGUGAUGUCUAUUAAGUAUUAUAAAGAAAACCUGUACCCCCAAAACUCCCACAACAAGCAUUAUUGAUGCUCUACUUCUAGGAGUAUUCUUAUCGAAGUUAGAUCUAGUCAUGGACACUACUUACAAUGUUCUUAGAAGGCCUACCAGAUGCAUUAAGAAAUAGAUAAGAGGCCGGGCAUGGUGACUCACGCCUGUAAUCCAAG